GUUUUGAAAAUAUUAACCGGAUAAUCACUUCCAAAAAUGAUAUGCUAUAAUUGGCAAAAGGCGCUCAAUCAACAAUUUACAUGAAUUAAUUUGAAAUUGUGGAUUUAAACCUCAACGUUAAUCAAAUGCAUGUGUGUUUUUUAUUUAAAUCGUCUAAUUUGGUUUAUUACUUUUUAUUACGAUAGUGGAGAGUCGCGUCGUCCUGGUUAGCUUGUCCAGCUAAGGAAGUUAGCUGUUGAACGGCGGCUUCGGGUUGCUUUCGUCUCCCGCAUUUGGAACCUCUUGGCCGGCCUCUGUAAUGCCAACUCGCUGAAGCGCCUCACUGGAGCCUCGCUUGGACAUGGAUUUAAAAAAAUAAUAAAUUAACCCCAAGCCCUCCCAGCUGCGUUGAAUUGUCAAUAUCUCCCCUGUCGCCUUUUUCGCGUGACGGUGAUCCUCUUUUUUUUGACAAAGAAAACCUACUCAAGUUUCUAUCUCUCCUGACAAGCAAACGCCCAAAAAAGAUCGCCUGGUUCCAGUGGAUGGCUCCACACAGGCACGGCCCAUCUGCUGGAAGCCACCCGGUGACCCCAGGUGGCGCCGGCAUGGCGAGGGCGAACGGACUGUACCCGCCGUCGUCCUCCUCAUCCGACUCAAAGAAGCCCAACAUGCAGGUCGUCCGAGCCGACCACGAGUUGUUCCUGCAGGCCUUCGAAAAACCGACCCAAAUCUACAGGUUCCUCCGUACUAGGAACUUGAUCGCUCCCAUAUUCCUACAUAGGACUCUCACCUACAUGUCGCACAGGAACUCGCGGAAAAAGGCCAAGAGGAAAAGUUCCAAGGUGGACAAUCUGCUCUUCCGAGUGGAAAAGAUGCAAGGAGACCAGGAGAUGCACGGCUUGGCGUCCAAUCUGCAGCUCACCUUCACCGGCUUCUUCCACAAAUCGGGGCAACCGUUCCAGGAUUGCGAGAAUGAGCAGACCUCCGUGUCCCUGGAGGUCCUCCUGGUCAAAGUCUGUCACAAGAAGAGGAAGGAUGUGAGCUGUCCGGUCAAGCAGGUUCCAGCCGGGAAGAAGCAGGUUCUUCUCAAUCCCGACUUGACUUCUCCCGGCGGUGCAGGACAUUUCGGAAACUUUCCGUCCCUGCUCAUCCCGAGCAGCGAGUUUGAAACCAGCAACUCGUACAUGGUCAAGUCCUACUCGCUGCUUUUCAGAGUGUGGCAGCCCGCAUAUGACCACAGGCUGCCCCUCAACAGACUUGCAAACGGAGAGGCACACCAUCACACAGAGUUAUCCGAGGACAUGAUCGACAAGAAGAGGCUGAGCUCCCCCCUCAGGGAGGACGGAGAAAACACGCUGGUGGCACAGAUGAUAGUCUUUGAUAAAAACAGACGCCUGCAACUGCUGGACGGCGACUACGAAGUUUCAAUGCAAGAAUUAACACAGCAGUGUCCUCUAAACAACAUGAGAGCAACUUGGGAGACGAUAUUGGACACAAAGCACAUGCCUCCACUAAAGGCAUUCUGCGAAGGCCCGACUCUUCGCUUCACUCUGCGUUGGACCAGCGAAGUCUGCGACGGUUCCACAGCUCCUGUGGCCAAACCUUUGGCAACGCGCAACUCGGAUGCCAAUCGGGAAAGCAAAGCGGUACACGCGUUGAGGAACGCGGCACACGCCACCCACGCUGUGAAAGAAACCAUCAACUCAGACAAAGUCCACACCAGAGCCAGAGAACACGUUCCAUCAGAACCUCGACCCAAACUACGCAUUUUCUACCAGUUCCAGUACAACAACAACAGUCGGCAGCAGACCGAGGCCAGAGAUGACCUUCACUGUCCUUGGUGCACCCUGAACUGCAGGAAGCUGUACAGUUUGCUCAAACACCUCAAACUGUCUCACUCGCGCUUCGUCUUCAACUAUGUGCCUCACCCUAAGGGAGCCAAGAUCGAGGUCUCCAUCAACGAGAGCUACGACGGUUCGUACGCCGGGAACCCUCAGGACGUCCACGGCCAGCCGGGAUUCGCCUUCAGCCGCAACGGACCCGUCAAGAGAGCCGCCGUCACUCACGUCCUGGUCUGCAGGCCCAAGCGCAGCAAGCCGAGUCUGUCCGAGUUCUUGGAGUGCGAGGACAGGGAGCGCCAGCGUCUCAGGUCAUACGUGGGCGGACUUAACCGACUCUACUUCAGAAGCGACAGCUGCGUGCCCAGACCACCGCAGGAGAUGGACGUGGACAGCGAGGACGAGAGGGACCCCGACUGGCUCAAAGAGAAGACCGCCAAGCAAAUCGAAGACUUCACAGACGUGAAUGAAGGCGAGAAGGAGAUCAUGAAGCUGUGGAACCUUCACGUCAUGAAACACGGCUUCAUCGCCGACCACCAGAUGAACGAGGCCUGCCUGCUCUUCACCGAGCUCCACUGCGCUCACCUCGUUCGGCAAAACCUGCGCCGCAACUUCCUGCUGCACCUGGUCAGCAUGCACGACUUCAACCUGGUCAACACCCGAACCAUCGACCAGGCAAUGGCCCGACUUGAGGCCGCCGCGCACGGGGACAAACAACCGGCGGAGGAAGACGAGGCGGAGGAGGAAGACGAAUGGGAGACGGCGGUGGAGUUUCAGAUGGAGACGGACCAGGAGCCGUCGGAGUCUGAAGACCCGAGUAGAUGGCAGGAGAGUCAGAGUUGAGUUAUAAAUUGACCAAUGGAAGGACUCCAACAGAACUUUAUCUUUGGAGCCAUCGUGGUGAUUUUGACCAUCAAGACUUGGCAAUUCUGGAGCACAGAAGCACCAGAGCAGCUUUGUUUCCCAAAUUAUCCUAAAUCUUGAGGACUAUGUUCCUUACGAACUUUUGUUGGAAGUGCAACCAGAAACGCCAAACGAGACUUUGGGAAUCUUCCACCAACUUUUGGGACUUUGAAGUCUUUGACUGAAUAAUUCCAGAUAGUUCAAACACCAGAACAUCAUGUUUUUCAGUUUCUUAGGGUUUUGCCCAUGUUCCAGACUGACCACUUUUGGCGGGGGAACCAUUUGUGGCAACCCAUAAGAUGAAUUUUGGACUCAAGAGACCGAUUCUGGAUCAACAAGACUGUAGAACAGCGUGUUUUCUUGUUUGUUAGAACUUGUUUACUUUGUCCAUGUUAGAAGAAACCCCAAAAUGCACUUUGGGGUUUUAAACCUUCAAUUACGUUUUUGGGACAUUCAGGUCUUGAGGACAAAAUAAUUCAGAAACACAGAGAAACCAGAAUAUUGUUUUCUUUGUUACCUCAAAACUUGAGGAUUUUUUUGUUCCAUUGUUGGGUAUAAACAUGAAGGGAUCAAUCAGUGCGGGGUGACCAGAAAAGCCCCACUAGACUUUUUGUUUGAAGAGUUAAGACAACUUUUAGCACUCACAGAUUGAGUCUGGAUGUAGGUAGGACCAGACCUUCAUUUUUCCUGUCCUUGUCAUGAAAACCCCAAACUGAACUUUGGGUUUGGAAACUCCACUUUUGUGACUUUUUGGGAUGUGAAGACUGAAAAAUUCUGGAGGCCAGAAAAUUUGCUUUUUUUUUCUCUUUGCUAUCCUUAAACUGGUUCUAGAUCAAAAAGACGCCACCAUUUCAUUUUUUCCUUUUUAUCCCAGGGCUUAAGAAUACUGUCCACCUUCCUGACAGUAAAAUGGUGACCAGAUACCUUUCCAAAAUCCAAAACAAGACUUAUUUGUUUGCAACAUCAAGGAACAUUUUUGAACUCGUAGGACUCUGAUUCUGGAUGAAGAAGAUACUUACACUUCAUGCUUUCUCUGUCUUGCCAAUACUUGAGGACUUUAUCUUAGGUCCAGUUAGACCACUGAUGGUGGAGUUACCACAAAACCAUUGCAGAAAUCAAAAGAAGACUUUUUGGUCGGAAUAAACACCUGGAUAUUGUUUAUCUUCUUGUUACCCAUGAACAUCCAAAAUGUCGUCCAUGUUCCUGACAGCGAGACAACCUUGCAGAUCUCCAAACUGGAUUUUUUUCUGGGUCAACGAGUCACCAAAACAUUUUUUUUAAUCUCAAAAACAAGGGACUUUGUUAAUGUUCCUAACGGUGCGUAUCAGUGUGAAACGGACCAUUCACCCACCGUAGGGCACAGGUACCUUUACAGAAACUCAAAGCGGACUUUUUGUUUGGAUCAUUCAGCCAGCUUUUGAAGUUUAGGAUCUUGAGAUCAAAUAAAUCUGGAUGAGAUUUUCCAGGUUGUUAUCCCAAAACGUAAGGACUUGGUCCAAGACCUGCAACACUUGGAUCCACCAAAGAGGACUACAGGUUCUAUUUGAGGGUCAGAUGUCAGAUCCAGGUAUAGCAUCUCAUGAAAAUAUCAGGACGUUAGAGAUCAUCUUAUUCUUCUGCCGGGCUCGUCAUAAUGUUUCAUUCAAUGGUGCUACUUUAUUUUUUCUCUUAAAGAUCUGAUCCAGAAUCUGCCUUGUCCCCUCUGAGCCAAUGUUGCCUUUUGCCAAACGCUAACACUGAAUCUGUAGUUUGAGUCAUCACCAGAAAAUGAAAGUCUAAAGUAAGUAAGUGAAGCCAGCAUGGAGCAGAAGUGCCUUAAUUUCUUCCAGAACCCAGCAGAGGGCAAGACCCCAUACAUGUUCAUCAUUAUUUUCUGCAGAGGAAAAAAACAAUCUGGUGUGCAUUGUUUCAUAAAAGUCCACCGUUUAUACUUUUUGUUGAUGUCCAUGUGACAAUUAAAUAACCAAAACUGGAUUCCUUUUACACCAUGCAUUUGUUAGCUCAGUUUGGAAUAAACCUUUUUUUUGACUGAUGUCACAGCAGCUGGACAACAAAAAUGUAUCAGCAGCCUGCUUUCAACUUAUGAUUUUCUAUUAAAAAGAGCACAUUUUUACAA